GUCAAAUCGUUAAAGACAAGAGGAUUUUCUACUUACUACAGAGAGUUGAUCAGUUACUUACUUCAGCAACAAUGGAGCGCAUUGAGUUUGUGCCACAUUAUGACACAAUUUUGAAAAGUGGAAUGUAUGAAUACUAUGCCAGCGAAGGGAAAAAUCCUCUACCAUUUGCACUUGCAGAAUUGAUUGAUAAUGCCUUAUCAGCUACUUCUCAAAAUUCCAGUGUUCGGUUCAUACAGCUAAAGAUGUUAUUUGAUGAUACCCAAGGAAAACCAGCUAUUGCUGUGAUUGAUAAUGGAAAAGGCAUGACUUCUAGACAACUAAAUAACUGGGCUGUGUUUCGACUGUCAAAGUUUACACGACAAGACAAUAUAGAAAGUGAUCAUUCAGGAUAUGUAUGUCCUCCAACAGUACCUCGCAGCUUGAACAGUGAUAUAUCAUAUUUUGGGGUUGGUGGCAAACAAGCAGUGUUUUAUAUUGGACAUUGUGUUAGAAUGAUAAGCAAAUCUGCAAAUUCUCAAGAUGUUCAUGAGCUUGUCCUUUCAAAAGAAGAUUUUGAAAAGAAAGAAAAAAACAAUGAACCUAUAUAUAGUGGACAUAUAAAAAAAAGAAAGCCAGCUGAUUCCUCUAAUGUUAAUUGUGAUGAGCGAUUUCUGCACAACCUUAUUAUGGAAGAGAAAGACAAAGAAAGUUUUACUGCUGUUGUUAUUACUGGAAUGCACCUUGAACAUGUACAAUAUCUGAAAAAUUGUGUUCCCCGUUGGACAAGAGAAUUAAAACACAUAUAUCAUUACUAUAUCCAUGGACCAAAAGGAAACAGGACUAAUUUGCCAAUGGAGGAAGAAAACACUUUCAAUAAUGUGGAUAUUGAGAUUUCAGUGUUUGAAAAGGGGAAGACACCUAAGAUUGUGAAUCUUAGAGAAAUUAAAGAAGAUAUGCAGACUUUAUAUAUAAAUACUGCAGCAGAUAGUUUUGAGUUCAAGGCACAGGUCGAAGGAAAUGGUAUAGUGGAAGGAAUUAUCCGUUACCAUCCUUUCUUAUAUGAUAAAGAAACCUACCCUGAAGAUCUUAAGAAUGAAGGAGUAAAACAAGAUGAUGGUGAUGAUGAAGAAGAUGAAGAUAAAUGCUAUACAAGAGAAAAAGGAGCUAUUUUUGAAUGUUUUUGGAAUGGAAGACUAAUACCAUAUACAACUGUAGCAGAUUUUGAAUGGUGUGCUUUUCCCAAAAAGGGAAGCCUCACUCCAAUUGAAUGUUACAACAGAAUUUCUGGUGUAUUAUUUACAAAUGACAAGUUUCAAGUGACCACAACCAAACUGACUUUCGUGGAUUUGGAAGUAAAGUUAAAAGAUAAAAAUACAAUCUUUACAAGAAUUGUCAAUGGAAAGGAACAAAGAAUGAACAUUGAUAAAGAAUUUGUAUCAUGGCUCAAGUAUUGCAAUGAAAAACAUGAUAAACAAAUCAAAUUUACUAAAUGUGAAGGAAUAGUUAUACGCACUGAUCCGUUUUGUAAAAGAAAAUAUCCUUGGGCUAAAUAUUUGGCAAUAGAAUGGGAUGGAAAAAUAUAUGAAGCUGGGCAGUUGGUGAGAUCAAUGAAAAGAACUCCAGUAUAUGGAAAAAUACAACAUUUUUAUCUAUAUGGAAAUUAUGAUGGAGACGUCUAUGCUGUUGGUGGAGAUGUUCAGAUAGCUUUGGAACCUCAGGCAUUUUAUGAUGAAAUGAAGACUAUUCCAAUAUGCAAACUUGAUCGUACUGUGUCCGAAGCAGAAGUGAAAAAACACAUUGAAGAAGACAUGGCCAAACUUCCUGACAGUUUGUCAUUAACAUGGCCUAAAGGAGAUGAAUUAUUACCAAAUGAGACCAAACGUGCAGGAUUUAUUAUAGGAGAUCUAAACGUUAAAAUACUGAAUAGAAAAGGUGAGCCUAUGCAAAAGCUUCCAGUUCCAAGUCGUGCAGGACAGAAGAAAUUACUUGUGGAACUUCAGAUUAUUUUGCAUUCCCCUAGUGGAAAUAGGGAAAUCAUUUCUCAUAUCAGUCAACAUGCAAGGAAAUGGCAUUACUGGUUCAGAAAAAUUGAAAAUAUUGUUACGCCUGGGACCUACACACUGAAUCUGCAAGUGCUGUUGAAUGAUGAAAACAAUACAGACACUUACGCAGGAAGGUCUCUUCCAUCUAAAAAAUUUACAUUUCAUGUAAUAGGGGGCAAACCUCAGAUGUUUUCAAUAGGACGUUUGGAUUCUCCAUUUCGGAUAGGGCAUCCAUUCAGUAUUCCUCUAGAUGUCAAGGAUGAAUUUGGAAAUACCACUCAACUGACAGAGGAUAUUGUACCGGUCCUUGAAGUGAG